AUGGAUCCGCUAGACCCCGAACUGCAAGGCAAUAACCAGCCGCCCGAUCUGGGUUAUUAUUCCUCGGAGUUGGAGCUGUCCCCGGGGUCCUGGGGUAUCGCUCCUCGUGAACAGUGCUGGCCAGCAUCUCCUCCGCUUGACAUUGAUUACCUUGAGGGACCGUCGCCCAACGACCUUCCUCGAGACGACAUGGCGGACCCCUCUGAUCUGAACCUGGACGCCCCCAGCGACCUCCAGGACAUUCCUGACCUGGCCAUGCAAUUGCUUCCCCCACCCGAGGCAACGUACCCUGACAAGUUAGUCCUAUCAAUUUUGAACCCAUGCUUCCUGAUUCCCCGUGCUAACCGUCUUCUAUCUAGAGCCUCCCUGCUCGCUGCCGUCCAGAGUCAUGGCAAAGCCCACGGCUACAACGUGGUGGUUAAAUCCUCGAGUACCCCGACAGAGAAGAAGCCAGGCCGAACUGCAAAGGUGUGGCUGCGUUGCGAUCGUGGUGGUCACUAUCGGCCUCGCAAUGGACUCACCGAGGAGACUCGGAAGCGCCGCCGAACUUCGCGCCUGAUGGACUGCCCAUUCAUGCUCGUCGCAGCUGGUUCCCCCGGAAUCUGGAGCUUGACCGUCUUGAAUCCAACCCACAACCAUGGACCUAUUGUGGACAAACCCCGACAGCCGCCUCAUCACAAGGUGCGCAAAGGUCAAGUGGCUGCCACUCCCUACGAUUGGCCCCACGAUUGCACCUUUACUCCCUACACGACUGCUCUGGUCAUCAUUGAUAUGCAAAAGGACUUUUGCGCUCCGGGCGGAUACAUGCAUUAUCAGGGUUAUGAUAUCUCUGCAGCCCAAGCUCUGAUUCCUCAGCUGCAGCACCUACUGCAAGCUUUCCGCUCUGCCGGAUUUCCAGUGUAUCAUACUCGUGAGGGCCACCGACCAGAUUUGUCUACUCUCUCCAGUCGCGAGGCUUAUCGUUCUCGUAACAACGCUACUGGUCUCGGAAUUGGCUCCCCAGGCCCUAUGGGCCGUCUGCUGAUCCGUGGCGAGAUGGGUCAUGAUAUUGUUGAUGAGCUGUACCCUAUUCAGGGUGAGCCAAUUAUCGACAAGCCCGGACGCGGCGCUUUCGCACACACCGACUUUGAGCUCCUUUUGCGCAACAAAAAUAUCAAGAACCUCGUCAUUGCCGGUGUCACAACCGACGUCUGCGUCUCAACCACCAUGCGUGAGGCUAAUGAUCGUGGAUUCGAUUGUGUGGUCUUGGACGAUGGUACUGCGGCUGCUGAGCCUGGUCUUCACACUGCCACUAUGGAGUCCGUUAAGAUGGAAGGUGGCAUCUUCGGCGCCGUCGCCAAGCUUGACGACGUGGUGCAGGCUGUCGAUAAUUUCAAGGUUGCUACCAUGAAGAAGCAGCCCCCUCAGAUGGCAGGUUAA